AUGGCGAAGCUGUUGGUGCUCACCCUCUUGGGGCUAGGGCUGGCAUUCUUCAAGGAUCACCGGUCUUCUUAUCUAGCAAGAAUGAACGCUUCCCGAGAAGUAAAAUCGGUAGAACUUCCUAACUGUAAAUUAAUAAAAGGAAUAGAAACUGGUGCUGAAGACUUGGAGAUACUUCAUAAUGGACUUGCUUUCAUUAGCGUGGGAUUACGAUAUCCUGGAAUAAAAAGCUUUGAACCUGAUAAGCCUGGAAAAAUACUUCUGAUGGACCUAAAUGAAGAGGAUCCUACAGUGUUGGAAUUGAAGAUGACUGGAAGUAACUUUGAUGCAUCUUCAUUUAACCCUCAUGGCAUUAGCACAUUCACAGAUGAAGAUAAUACUGUGUACCUGCUGGUGGUAAGCCAUCCAGAUUUUAAGUCCACGGUUGAGUUGUUUAAAUUUCAAGAAGAAGAAAAGUCACUUUUGCAUCUGAAAACCAUCAAACAUGAACUUCUGCCUAAUUUGAAUGACCUUGUCGCUGUGGGCCGUGAACACUUCUAUGCCACCAAUGAUCACUAUUUUGUUGACCACUACAUGAGAUCCUGGGAAUUAUAUUUGGGUCUAGCAUGGUCAAAUGUUGUUUACUACAGUCCAGAUGACGUUCGAGUGGUGGCCAGUGGAUUUGAUUUUGCUAAUGGAAUCAGCAUGUCACCUGACAGCAAGUAUGUCUACAUAGCUGAAUUGCUGGCUCAUAAGAUUCAUGUGUAUGAAAAGCAUGCUAAUUGGACUUUAACUCCAUUGAAGUCUCUGGACUGUAACACACUCGUGGAUAACAUAUCCGUGGAUCCUGUGACAGGGGACCUUUGGGUUGGCUGCCACCCCAAUGGCAUGAAAAUCUUCUCCUAUGACCCGGAGAAUCCUCCUGGAUCAGAGGUACUGCAAAUCCAGAACAUUUUAACAGAAGAACCCAAAGUUACAGUGGUUUAUGCAGAGGAUGGUAAAGUGUUACAUGGAAGUACGGUGGCUUCUGUGUACAAGGGGAAAAUGCUGGUUGGAACCGUGUUCCACAAAGCUCUUUACUGUGAGCUCUGA